AUGGGUCAGACAAACUCGCACCUCCUGGAAUCCAUCGUCGCACAAUCCAACUUCACACCGCUGGAAGUCGAGCGUCUGCGGAAGCGCUUCAUGAAGCUGGACCGCGACAACUCGGGCUCCAUUUCGCGUGACGAGUUCCUUUCUAUACCUCAAAUAGCCAACAAUCCCUUAGCUCAUCGGUUGAUUGCCAUCUUGGAUAAAGAUGGAGGAGGCGAUGUCGACUUCAGAGAAUUCAUCCUGGGACUCAGCGCAUUCUCGUCAAAGGGGAACAAAGAGGAGAAACUGCGGUUCGCUUUCAAGGUGUAUGAUAUUGACCGAGACGGAUAUAUCUCUAAUGGGGAGUUAUUUGUCGUGUUGAAGAUGAUGGUUGGAGCGAAUUUGAAGGAUAAUCAACUUCAGCAAAUCGUGGACAAAACAAUCAUGGAGGCAGACAAAGACAAGGACGGUCGGAUCAGCUUUGAGGAGUUUGCUCAGAUGGUGGAAAAUACGGACGUGGCUCAUUCCAUGACUCUCGAUUCUUUCUGA